GAAAAAAAAUUUCUGCUAUCGUGAGCCAACAUGGUGGUUUGCUGAAAACGCCAAAGAUGGGUGGUAGGGGUCGGAAGAAAAAGGUGGCUCCGCCUAAGGGUGGUGUGUCGAAGGGAGCUGUUGGCUCUAAAAGUGAUGCUGCUCUUACUCCAAGCGAUUCUGGUGUGGAUACGGAGUUUCAAGCUAAAUCUGAUGGUGGGAAGACCCAGGAUGCUGUUAUUCUUCGUCGUGGGUCUGUUGAGGAACGAUUAGAGAAGGGAAGUCAUGGGUUUGUAGAGCAAUCUUCAGAGAAGAGAAGAGAGACUAAGGAGCCUCAGGAUCCUUCUGGUGCAGUGGUUAUAACUGAGGAGGAAUGGAAUGAGGGAUCCAAGAUUUGGGAGAAUGCUCUUGUUGGGUAUGUGUUGGGCAUCAAACCUAGCUUCAAAGACAUGGCCAAUUUUAUGAACAAUCGGUGUAAAGAAUUUCAAGUGCCUAAAGCUUUUAUGCUGCGUGAUGGUGUCUUUUUAUUUGAUUUUGCUGAUAACGAUGCAAAGCAGGCAGAGCUUGAAAAGAGAUGGACCUUCAAUGACCACCCUUUAAUUUUGAAACAGUGGACUCCGGAUUUUGAUCCAGAUAAUUUGGAUGUGAACGCUGACUGGAAGGAAUGCAGCGGCAUAUGUCAGAGUCGUAGCCCAUGCCUUCUUCAAAUGAACAGUGAGGAUAAUGGCAGCUGUAGUGAAGGAAAGCACGGUGGUUGCAAUGGCGAAGGACAGAAAGAGGAAGCCAGCGGACAGUUCCGCGGGUAUUUGAUAUCGAAAAUCUUCCAGAUCAAGUGAUGAUGUGAGCACCGAAAGGAAAAGCACCACCAACGUUAAUGAGCUUGCCAGUCCGGCCUCGUCCAUCACAGUGAAAAAAGAGUGCAGAGGCGUGUCCUCAAAGACUGGACUUCCGUUCUCUUCAAAACAAAUAAAAGAAAUUUAUUUUU